UGCUACAAGUGUGGAAAACCCGGACACAGGCUUAGCCAGUGCGAGACCGAGGAGAAGCCCACCCAGUGCCAUAACUGCCAGGAGGUUGGUCACAUCGCUCGCGAGUGCCCCACCAACGUCGAGGGUGCCCCCCGUGUUGAGACCCGCGACUGCCGUGUCUGCGGCCAGAUUGGCCACAUCGCUCGCGACUGCCCCGAGAGUGACGGCGCUGCCGCUCCUCGUGCCCCCCGUGCCCCCCGUGCCGAGACCCGCGACUGCCGUGUUUGCGGCCAGAUUGGCCACAUCGCUCGCGACUGCCCCGAGAGUGACGGCGCUGCCGCUCCUCGUGCCCCCCGUGCCCCCCGUGCCGAGACCCGCGAUUGCCGCAUCUGUGGCCAGAUUGGUCACAUCGCCCGUGACUGCUCCGAUAACACCGGUGCUGCUGCCCCCCGCGCUGACACCCGUGACUGCCGCAUCUGUGGCCAGAUUGGCCACAUCGCCCGCAGCUGCCCC